CCAGUAUGAGUUGGACGGUGAAGUGUUUGGUGCUCCCCCUGGUGCUGCUGUGCUUGUGGAGGCUGCAAGAAGGAGCACAAGCCUGCAAGUGUGUUCCUGUUCAUCCACAGACGGCGUUUUGCCAAGCAGAUUUUGUCAUCAAGGCAGCGGUGCUUGCAAAGAAGGUGGUUGGUGUGUAUGAGCUGAAGUAUGACAUCAAACUCACCAAGAUGUUCAAAGGCCCUCACAGGGACUUUAAUGCCAUCUACACGCCAGCCUCGUCUGCAGCCUGUGGAGUAACUUUGAUUAAUGGUGUAGAAUAUCUGAUCACAGGCAAUGUGGCGUCUGACGGGUCGCUGCACGUCAUUGUGUGCAACUUUGUUGCCCCCUGGGACAGGCUGAGUGCCUGCCAGAAGACCAGCUUGGUAGAGCGCUAUCAAAAGGGCUGCGACUGCCAGAUCACUCGCUGCCACACCAUCCCGUGCAAGAUCAGCCCAGAUGAGUGCUUGUGGACGGACUUCCUGACAAACUUGGGCAAUCGAGAGCAGGCCAGACAUUUUGCUUGUCAGAGAAUUGAUGGCUCCUGUGCCUGGAUCAGGGGGUCCACCGCCACCUCAGGCUAUCAAGCACACAGUUAAAACUGCACCAUGUGAAAUGGCAAUUUACCAAUAAAUGUGUCUAAGAAAGCAAUGCAGUGUUUGUUUGCUCCCUAAUUGUGGCCACGUUAGACUAACAUCGUGCUGCUACAGCCCUGUGUUCACAACACUCAUGCUAACUAG